AUCAGUGAUGGCAGCGUGGUGUACGCAGAGGCCCUCUGGGACCAUGUCACAAUGGACGACCAGGAGCUGGGAUUCAAGGCUGGUGAUGUCAUUGAAGUAAUGGAUGCUACCAACAAGGAGUGGUGGUGGGGGAGGAUUCUGGACAGCGAAGGCUGGUUUCCAGCCAGCUUUGUACGGCUGCGAGUAAACCAGGAUGAACCCAUGGAAGACUACCCCCUGAAGGCAGAGGGCGACAAAGACGACGACUCGAGCAGUGGCACCCGCCGCUUUGGGAUGGGGCAGACCAGCAAAGACCAAAUGCGGACCAACGUCAUCAACGAGAUCAUAAGCACAGAGAGAGAUUACAUCAAGCACCUGAAGGACAUCUGUGAGGGUUACAUCAAGCAGUGCCGCAAAAGAGCCGACAUGUUUACAGAGGAACAGCUGAAGACAAUCUUUGGGAAUAUUGAGGACAUCUACAGGUGCCAGAAAAAAUUUGUUAAAGCACUAGAGAAGAAGUUCAACAAAGACCACCCACAUUUGAGUGAGGUUGGCUCAUGCUUCUUGGAAUAUCAAACGGAGUUUCAGAUAUACUCCGAAUACUGCAACAACCACCCCAACGCCUGCAUGGAGCUGUCCCGCCUCGCCAAGGUGAACAAGUACGUCUACUUCUUCGAAGCCUGCCGCCUGCUGCAGAAGAUGAUCGACAUCUCCCUGGAUGGGUUUCUGCUGACGCCCGUGCAGAAAAUCUGCAAAUACCCACUGCAACUGGCCGAACUGCUCAAAUACACCAACCCCCAACACAGGGAUUUUAAGGAUGUCGAAGCUGCCUUAAAUGCCAUGAAGAACGUUGCUCGGCUCAUCAACGAGAGGAAGCGGCGGCUGGAAAACAUUGACAAAAUUGCUCAGUGGCAGAGCUCGAUAGAAGACUGGGAGGGUGAAGAUGUCCUUGUCAGAAGCUCAGAGCUCAUCUACUCUGGGGAAUUAACCAAAAUCUCCCACCCUCAAGCCAAGAGCCAACAGAGGAUGUUCUUCCUCUUUGAUCACCAGCUCGUCUGCUGCAAGAAGGACCUUCUGCGCCGGGACAUCUUGUAUUAUAAGAGUCGGAUCACCAUGGAUGAUAUGGAAAUAGUGGAUGUAGAAGAUGGGAAGGACAAGGACUUUAAUAUCAGCGUGAAAAACGCAUUUAAGUUGCACUGCCGUGACUCUGAGGAAGUGCACUUGUUCUGUGCAAAAAAGCCAGAGCAGAAGCAGCGCUGGCUGAAGGCAUUUGAGAAUGAAAGGAGACAGGUUCAGGUCGACCAGGAGACUGGUUUCUCAAUCACAGAGGUGCAGAAGCGGCAGGCCAUGCUGAACGCCAGCAAGCAGCACCACGCUGGGAAGCCCAAGGCUGUCACCCGGCCCUACUACGACUUUCUGAUGCGCCAGAAGCAUCCCACCCUGCCCACUACGCUCCCCCAGCAGCAAGUCUUCAUGCUGGCAGAGCCCAAGCGCAAGCCCUCGAACUUCUGGCAGAACAUCAGCAGGCUGACACCCUUCCGGAAAUAA